CCCGCGUACUUUCCCCUAAAUUUUUAUAAUACCAAGUAUAAUUAAAAGAAACUCAGAUCAUGGGUGAAUAAAUAAUAUACUCAAAAUAUAAAAGAAAAUAAAAAGUUGCCAAAAUAAAAUAAAAACUAAGUUGUCGAAACAUCAUCCCCGAACGGUGAUGGUCAAUGACGACAAGGACGACAAGGAGGACAAGGAGGAGGAAAAAGAGGGGGACAAGGAUGACGGCGAUGUCGAAGAGGGUGUCGUGGCGGUGGACAAGAAGGAGAAGGACAACGAUGACGAGGAGGACAAUGAGGUGGAAGAAGAAGAGGAGGGGGACGAGGAGACGAGGGAGGAGGAAGAUGAGGACAACAAGGAUGAGGAGGAAGAAAAAAAGGAGGAGGAGAAAAAGGAUGGGAAAGCGGAAGAACAAGAGGAAAAGGAGGAGGACGAUGAUGACGACGACGAGGACAACAAGGUAGAAGAAGAGGAGGAGGAGGAGGAGGAAGAGGAUGGGACGAAGACGAGAGGAUGAAGAGAAAGACGAGGAGAAGGAGGAGGAGGAUGGGGAAGAGGAAAAAGAAGGGGAGGAGGAGGAGGAGGAGAAGGAGGAGGAGGAGGAGGAGGACGGGAAAGAGAAGGAGAAAGAAGAGGAGGAGGACUAAGAAAAGGAGGAGGAGGAGGAAGAGAGAGGAGGAGGAAGAAGAGGAGGAGGAGGUGGAGGAGGAAGAAGAAGUGAAAGAGAUGGAGGAGGAUGAGGAGAAAAAGGAGGAAGAAGAAGAGGAGGACAAGGAGGAGGAGAGAAAGGACCGGGACUAUGAGGACGACGAGGAGGGAGAGGAUCCCAUACAGGAGGCGGAGGACGACGACGACGACGACAAGGACGAGGAGAAGGAAUAAAAGGAGGAGGAGAAAAAAAAGAGGAUCUAGAGGAGGACAACAUGAAAAACAGAAGGUGGAAGAGGAGAAACAGAAGGAGGAGGAGGAGGUGGAGAACAAAAGGAAGGAAACUCA